CGGCGGCGUGCGGCGGGGGGCGGCGCGGGAGCGCGGCGUCGAGGGGCCAGGCCUAGCCGGGGCCGGGACCCCGCGUCUGCGGUCCGAGCCGCCGCGCCGUAGGCGACCGGGCGCUCCCCGGCGCCAGCGGGCAUUGUGUGCGCCGCCGGCGUCGCCCGAGGCCGCCCGCUGGCCAUGCUCGAGUCGGCGAAGCUGCGCCGCGACGGCGCGGCCGACUUCUUCUCGCACUACGAGUACCUGUGCGCGCUGCAGGACUCGGUGCCCCCGCCGUCGGUGCGCGCCUGCCUGCGGGAGGGCGUGCUGGACUUCAACGCCGACCGCCUGCGCGGCGUGGACUGGGCGCCGCUGCUCAGCACGCUCAGGAUUAAUAAGGAUCUGCCCCUGGUCUCCAUCAAGAGCGGCUUCCAGCCGUGGCUUGGCGAAACAGGCUCUGACCGAAGUAAAGUUUGCAGAAGUCGUGUUCCUGCAAUAAGAAACAAAGAUGUGACCUUCCAGUUAUGUAAAGCUCUCAAAUGUUGUUUAAGUGCAUCAAGUGCUCUAAAGAACCUGGAGCUAAAUGGACUAGUGCUAAGAGAGAGAGAUUUAACUGUUUUGACAAAGGGAUUGAAUAAAUCGACUUCUUUGGUACACCUGUCCCUUGCAAAUUGUCCAAUUGGAGAUGGAGGUUUAGAAAUUAUUUGUCAAGGUAUAAAGAACUCUAUCACUCUUAAGACAGUAAACUUCACGGGGUGUAAUCUGACAUGGCAGGGAGCAGAUCACAUGGCCAAGAUCUUAAAGUAUCAGACCAUGAGAAGGCACGAAGAAAUCUGGGCUGAGAGUCUUCGUUACAGGAGACCUGAUCUAGACUGUAUGGCUGGUUUGAGGCGCAUUACUUUGAAUUGCAACACACUCAUCGGUGACCUUGGUGCAAGUGCUUUUGCAGAAUCUCUCAGUGAGGAUUUAUGGCUUAGAGCACUUGACCUGCAGCAGUGUGGCCUCACCAAUGAAGGAGCAAAGGCUUUACUAAGGACCCUUGAAACCAAUAGAACUCUGGUCAUUCUGGAUAUAAGAAAAAACCCACUCGUUGAUCAUUCUGUGAUGAAAGCAGUUAUCAAAAAAGUUCUCCAGAAUGGAAGGAGUGCCAAGUCAGAGUACCAGUGGAUAACCUCUCCAUCAGUAAAGGAACCAUUCAAAAAUGCUAGACAGAAAAAGAGAACUAUAAUUUUGGGAAGUGGUCGGAAAGGGAAGGCUACUAUUCGAAUUGGAGUGACCACAAAGAAACCUGUAAGUAAUGGAAGAAUACACUCCCUUGGUAAAGAAUAUUAUGCUCCUGAACCUCUCCCUCCUGGCGUGUCUGGUUACCUGCCUUGGCGCACAGCGGAACGUGCAAACAGGAGCAGGGGUUUUCCAUUAAUCAAAACUCGUGAUGUAUAUAAUCAUAUGCAGCAAUCGGAUUUUCCUGUUACUGUGACAGUGGAGAGUCCUUCCUCCUCAGAAAUUGAAGAGGUCGACGAUUCUUCUGAAAGUGUUCAAGAAGAACCUGAGAAAACCAGUUUAAAACAAGAAGCACUACAGGAAAAACUGGAGGAUUGCCUAAAACAGUUAAAGGAAGAAAGAGUAAUAAGGCUUAAAGCUGAUAAACGAGUCAGUGAGCUGGAACAUGAGAACGCCCAGUUAAGAAAUAUAAACUUCUCUUUGUCUGAAGCCCUGCAUGCACAGUCAUUGACAAACAUGAUCCUGGAUGAUGAAGGUGUUCUGGGCAGCAUUGAGAAUUCUUUUCAGAAGUUCCAUGCUUUCUUGGACCUUCUUAAAGACGCUGGGCUUGGGCAGCUUGCCACAAUGGCUGGUAUAGAUCAGUCAGAUUUCCAUUUACUGGGUCGUCCCCAGAUGAAUUCUACUAUUAGUAGUCUGCCUAAGGAUGAAAAAAAGGCACUUGAAGAAGAAAAACCAGAAUCAAAGCAGAACCCCUUAGGACAGAUGCAAAAUAUCCAGUUUCAGAAAAUUACAGGUGAUGCUAGAAUUCCUUUGCCUCUCGACUCUUUCCGUGUCCCUGUUUCCACUCAGGAGCCCUUAGAAACUUCUAGAGACAACCUGGGAGUCCCAGUCAGUGAGCAGCGGCAGGACUCUAUCAAAGAAUUCAUUGCAAGAACAUCUUCUCCUUCAGCAGAUGUGAUGUCUGGAACUGGAAGCCAAAAAAAAGAAGAUGAAUUGUCUAGAAAUAGCAGAUCUUCUUCAGAGAAAAUGACCAAAACAGAAUCUCAUUGAAAUGACUGGAGAAAAUUAAAAGUAGAUUAAUAGAGCUGGAAAACCAGAAAAUGAACAGUGUGGAUUUCCUAGAAGAUAAAAAGCAGAUUAUUGAAGGAUCAGUUAAAGAGUGAAACAGUCAAGCCAUUCUGCGCACCUUUGAAGCACCUAAUUCUGGAGUUUACCACCAAGCUAAGGCUAAGAAAGCAGCUCUUUUGAGGUAGGAAUUCUGAUGCAGGACAGUCCCUGUGGAUUGGAGAAAAAGAGUGCUAUCCAGAUGACUACAAGGAAGAAAUGAUAAUCAGCUGCUCACCCACUCACUCUGGUUGUGGUGAGCAGCCACUCCCUUUCUAAUCACCAGAGGCACCUAGGAUCAGAGUUUGUGUUCACUGAAAGUGAAAUGAUUAUUUGGCUGAGGAAAAGCACUUCAGACUGUAACCUUAGGUCGGCAUCUAUAAAUGUGCCAAGAAGCAUCAGAUUUGAAGAAAACCAGUAACGUAAAAGGAAACACCAAAUUAAAACAAAUUAACCUGCCUAAGAAAUAGUAGAAGAAACAAGAAAUUUAAAAAUUAACACGAUUAACACAAUUAAGGUCUUCAGAGAGGCAUAAGGAUACUGUAUCCAUCAAGAAUAAGAUGCUAGGAAAAAAAUAUUUAGUUCCUAGAAAUUAAAAAUAGGAUUAUGAAAAACACUCAGAAGAUGGGUCGAGCUGAGCUUAAAUCCAUGAAAGGAAGAUUUAAGAGAUGCCCCUAACAUGCCCUACAAAGGGAGGAUAGGUAAAUAUUCUGAAAGAAAAGUGUGAGUCUUCCACCAACUCAGGCAUAUAGUAAUUGCACAAAUAGUAAGUAAUUGAUUGGCAUAUAGUAGGUACACAAAUACUUGUGGAAUUGAUGAGACAACACAGAUUUCAGUAUCAGACUUCUUGUUGAACAACUAAAAGAAAUUUUUCUCUAAGAAUUACUAAGCAACCUGAACAGUGAAUCCAUGAUAAGAUUUUAAAUCAACCAUGAUGCCAUGGGACAUGCCAUUCCCCUUUAUAAUCAUGAAAUACCUAUAUCAGACUAUGUGACUAUUAAUGCGUAUGGGGAAAUAAAGUGAGCUCCAUAUCACCCUCAGCAAGGAAGCCAGCUGACAAAGCAUCACUAUUUAGAAUAUUGCUGCUUGCAAGACCCCAGGAAAAAGAGUGAGGCAAUGUUCACUGACUUAAAGCUUCAGCACACAUGCUUCUCACAUGUCAUUAGCCAAAGUGUUACAUGCCAUGCCUGAGGUCAACAUAGUGUGGACUUAUUAUGUGCCAAGACAAGGAAAGAGAAGUAAGUAUAUGUCAACAAAUUUUAAUAGCUACCAAUUACCAGGAACAGGGGGUGGAAUUUAAAAAUCCAAGGGAAGUCAGGAAAGAAACAGUUUGGCAGUGUCUCUAAACAUUAAACAUACCAUUUGACUGAGCCAUCACUCCUGAGUGAUUACCCUAAAUAGAUGAAAAUUCGAGUUCACAUAAAAACCUGUACUUGAAUGUUUAUAGCAGCUCCAUUCAUAAUCCCCAAAAUGUCUUCCAACAGGCACAUGAAUAAGCAAAUGAUAGUGUAUCCACACAUGUAAUAAAAAGGAAUGAAUUACAUUCAUAACAACUUGAUGAAUCUCAAAGUCGUAUGCUAAGGGAAAGAAGCCCAGAAGUUACAUACUCUCUGAUUUCGCCUAUUGACAUUCUUGAAAAGGCAAAACUAUAGUGAUAGAGGCUAGAUCUGUGGUUGUCAGGUGUUGGGAGGGGGAGGGUUUGAUUACAAAGGGGCUGUGCAAGGGUCUGUGUUUUGGUGAUGGACUUCUGUAUUAUAGUUGUGGUUAUGGGACGCCUUGGUGACUCAGCGGUUGAGCGUCUGCCUUCGGUUCAGGGCGUGGUCCUAGGGUCCUGGGAUCGAGUCCCCCCAUCGGGUUUCCCACAGGGAGCCUGCUUCUCCCUCUGCCUAUGUCUCUGCCUUUCUCUAUCUGUGUGUCUCUUGUGAAUAAAUAAAUAAAAAUCUUUUUUUUAAAUCGUAAUUAUGAUUGUGGUGGUG